GCCUAUGUUGCGCUUCAGUCACGCUCCUGGUUUCAUGUUUGUAGUCAACAAGCAGCAUGGCGGAGGCGACUGUCCGUAUGUCCGGGAUUGUUUUAGCUUCUCUGAUGUUCCAGCAUGUUAACAGCGAUUCAGACGUGGAAGGCCUCAUCCUCGGAGAGAGCAGGUUUGAUGAGCAGGUCACCAUCAGCGACUCUCAGGCGGACCACAUUCACAUUGAGGAGAUCUACAAUGUCCAGAAGCACAUCGCCUGCCGCAGACUGAACGACUUCUACAACAGCGCAGGAGAGGUGGACAUGAACGCCAUAAAGAGCAUCCUGGCAGACAAUAAGCAGGAGAGCGUGAUUGGCUGGUACCGACAGCGCAGGAACACGGAUCAGCAGAUGACGUUCAGAGAGAAGGUCAUCCACGAGAAGCUGAAGGUGUCUCUGUCCAACCCUCACAUGAUCUUCCUGCUGCUGACGCCCAGCAAGGUAACGACCGCAGGCUCCACCCACAGGAUGGAGUACGCCGCCUUCAUCUCCCGCAGCAGGCGGAUCAUGAACGUCCCUGUACUCGUCAACAACCUGGGUUUACUGGAGCAGCUGGCGUACUGGAAGGUGUCUGCGCCGUGCUCAGCAGAGGGUUAUAACUCCACCAUGAAGAAACACGGGUCCAGGUUCUUCUCCUCCAAUGGGCUGCUGAGAGAAGUGAACGACGUGAACACGAUGAACGAGUCUCUGCAGGCGGAGCUGCAGAAAGCGUGCAGCGAUGUGGAGGAGAGCGAGCGUCUGGUCGAGGCUCUGCAGGCCGACGUGGCGGCGCUCAGGGGGAGGCUGAGCGAGAGGAAGCAGAGCGGCAAGGGAAAAGCAGCUGCAGACGAGGAUCCACCCGAGCAGAGGAACAACCUGCUGCUGCACGAGGCCGUCAGGGCCCUGUUCGCCCGCUCGCCUCUCUUCCACUCUCAGACUCUGACCCUCGAGGCCUUUCCUGUUCCCGACGACUGCUGCGGCGCCGACGGGCGGGAGGAAGACGUCUCCACAACGACGAACGCUCAGGAAACUCUCUCCCUGCUGCACCCCGGCAGGACGAACUCCCGGAAGAGACCGAGAGAGAUGCUGGGGUCGGAGAGGAAACGCAGGAAGAGCAAGUCCUGAAGUGAAAACGAGAUGCUGCUCAGGAACUGAUCUGCUUCGGAUUCUGGGACCAAACUACCCUUUAAUCGGUGCUGCUUCUUCUUCUCGUUCACAUUCGAGGGUCGUUUCUGUUUUUUUACAGCCGAUUCAGCUGCUCACUGAAGCAUCUACUGCACAGAUUCCUGCAAGUCAUUUCAACACCAACACACGUGGGAAAAGGUUUAAAACUACAGAAAUUAGCCUUUAAGCUGAUUUUAAUGUCACUAAUCUCAGUUUAUCUGCAGUUAUGAUGACCAACAGUUUCUGUCACAAAGCAUGUAACCCUGUUUUCUGACAGUUAUUGAAAUGUUUAAAGGUGCUGAUAAAGAGAUUUCUUUAUGUUAAAAACUACUUUGCAGUUAUUUAUGAAUAGAAAUGCAGUUUUGAUUG